UUGUACUUUGUUGUUUUCAUGUUUUCCCCUCAGAAAUGGCCACGAAACUAAAUGUUAAUAUACGGACCUUGCUGGCCAACUGCGAGGACCUGGCCAAAAGCGAGCAGAACUUCUGGCGGCUGCAGAAAUUCAUCAAGUCGCUGGACACGAUGAUUUCCGAGCUGGAGGCAAUGGAGGACCCACAAAGUGCCACUCGUAUUCCGGGCUAUACGGAGCGCCUGAAGGCCCUUAAACUAUCUACGGGCUUUACGGAGUCUGCCGGCUCCACAACAAAUACUCCCUCACAAUCAUCUUCCAUUAGCGAAGCCGGGGAAAAUGCACUGAAAGAAAUGAGGCAGCUGCAGAACACCAAACAUCACAACGAACUGCGGAAGGAACUGCUACAGGAUGGCGAUGCGCUACGCAGACGUCGAGGAGUGGAGGAGAGCUCUUCUAGUGCCAAUGGCACUAGCGUACAAACAACUUCUGGCGAAAAUAUGAACGAGGCUGCCAAGUAUUACACAAAAGCCCAGGAGAAGAUUACCGAGCACAUGCUCUCGCUGACACGAAAUCUAAAGGAACAGACGGAGACUGCUAACCGGAUUAUCCGUAGGGAUACGGAGGUUGUGUCUCGAUCCACCGGAAUGGCGGAUCGCAAUAUCAAUUCCCUAGGGAAAGAGGCUGAGAAACUGGAGCAGCAUUCGAAAAAAGCCUACAAGUGCUGGCUUUGGCUAAUGAUUGUCUUUGUAAUUGUCACAUUCAUAGGUAUGGUGUUGUUCAUGAAGAUUAUGAAGAAGAAGAAGGCGUAGGAACUGUCUCCAAACAUAUCAAACUAAUGAUUGUACUCUAAGCAAACGCUUAACGCUCGUUCCGCUCCCGAGUUCAAAAGGUUAUCCUAAGAGCCCCCCAAAUCGUGUAAACAGACCCACAUUAAACGAUCGAAAGCCGCCCAGCGAUUUAUUUAUGAA